GAUGAGGGUUUCUUCUAGAAGAUGGGGCGAACAUGAAGUCGUCGGCUGUAUAGGAAACGAAGAGGGGUUAUUUCGUUUCGUCUCGGCGUGCUUUCCUAAGCGGCAGCUCCAGUGGCAGCUCUGCUGGCAGCCUGCUGUCGUCUCUGCCGUCUACCGCUCGACACACAGUCGAACUCGUUCGCCACUGGACGACGGAUGUCGUCGUCGUCGUCCUCGUCGUCGUCGUCGUCGCCGCCGCCGCCGUCGUCGUCGCCGUCGUCGUCGUCGUCGUCGUCGUCGUCGUCGUCGUCGUCGUCGUCGUCGUCGUCGUCGUCGUCGUCGUCGUCGUCGUCGUCGUCGUCGUCGUCGUCGCCGUCGUCGUCGUCCGUCGUCGUCGUCGUCGUCGUCGUCGUCGUCGACGCCGACGCUAUUCUCCCUUUGACUCCCCAUCCUCUUCUCCUAUCUUCGCUAUUCCUACUUCUCCCCGAUCUUCCUCCUUCCUUUUAUAAAAUCCUUUGACACCGUCCUGUUCUCAAUAGUCACGAUGUCGUCUUACCGUCCGCGACUCCUCUUUCUUCUCUUAGUCGCGUCGCUUUGUGCGUCUUAUUGCACCGGAUGCGCCUUUUGCGAGAAAUUCUUUCAACCACAGCAGCAGCAGCAGCAGCAGCAACAGCAGCACCAGCAGCAGCAGCAGCAGCAGCAGCAACAGCAGCAGGAGCAGGAACAAGAGGAACAGUUCUACCAGACUCGCAGAACAGUAGGCAGUCCGAGACCCUUUGGCGCCGAGAGACCGACGCGCGCGCAAGAAUUCAACAGGACCGGUGUGUUGCACCCCGAGUACCAGAUACCUGCUACCCUUCGACCGGGCAAUGUGUCGCAGUUUUAUUAUUUGAACCCGCGAGAAGGUCCACCUCUCACCUUGCUCGUCAGUCCUUGCAGCGGUCCGAUAUCAUGGACGGUCAGUUACGUGGAGCCACCUGAAAAUGAUCGAGAACUGGAAGGAGCAAAAUAUCAGUCUCGAUGGCCGGUGAAGACACUAAAACCAGGAUCGCCUUUGUUUACGUACGAAGGAGCAGAGGAUCAGAACUUUACGAUAGCGCGAACGCGCGCUGGUUUAUAUUGGUUCGAAAUCAAAUCAUUGCGGGGUAAGAAAAUCGAAAAAUCAGAUCCGAGCACCGUACUCUUGUACGCAACGUCCAACGCCUUGAAUCAUCUGUCAGGAUUUUAUGGGAAUGAAAAGGAGAAUCGUCAGCGUUCCUUAAGAUUUCAACAGAGAAGAAGCAAACGUCGGCUAACCAUAUCUUGGAACAAAAGCCACGUAGAUCCGCACCUAUCCAACUAUUGUUUGGCCGUUACGUCGGGAACUCAAGCACAUCCUUCGACGCUUUGCGCCGCGCAAAACUUUCUCAUCGUUCAUUCGUAUACCGGCAAGGGAAGUUCCUCGAGCAACAGAGAGCAUCAAUAUCGGGGUGUCCCGGAAGGGGUUCAUUGCGUACGACAGACCAAGUUGACCCUUCACAGAAUGAAGUUCGACACUACGUACAACUUUACUCUAUAUGUGGUUAAUAUGCGUAACAACGUUUCGAAUAAACUUGCCACCGAUGCCAUACGAUUUCGGAAAACGCCGGAGUUGAUGUUACAUACGGGACGUUACGCCACGGUGAGUUUGAGAAAAACCGAUGGUUUCGUCAAUUUCCGUUAUCGCCCAGCGGAAAACGCAUCGAGUAUCUUCCACAUUCUUCCUUGCGGCGGUGGAAUAGUCAAGGCCAAACUAAGUGCUCCAGGAAUACUGCGGGAAAAAGAAGUGGUGGGAUAUGCGUCUCUGCGAGUACCUCUACUGCCCACGGGGAAAGCUUAUAUUCUACGGAUAUCGGCUACACCGCAGGAAUUAGCAAGAGUCUCGGCAAUCAAAGUACUCGUUACGCAGGAGUCUUCGACGAUUUAUCCGCAGGUACCGUCGAGAAGCACGCCGCGCGAGUAUCGUUCAUUGAGAAGUUGCGACGAGGUGACAAUAGGUGUAGAGCCUGCCGGUGCCGCGAAAUAUUGCAUUCUCGUGAGAGAAUUGAAAGAUUCUACGACAUUGGCCAGCUUUACUAGCGUACCCGAUCAGUGCGGUCUCCAUCGUCGUCGUCGAUCCGAGUAUACGUUCGAGGUCUGCGAAGAAAGAGGGAGCACGCCGAAAGAUAGAGCCCUUCCGUUUACCCUCAAGAGAUUGCAACCCGGGAAGGCAUAUCUUUUGCAAAUCACGGCCCAGCUCAAAGGUCGAUCCUUGUCGUAUCCUCUGUUAGGGGUACGCACGAAACGUACCUGUCUGCGUCCAUGACAAUUUUAAUAGUCGUCUACUUGCCGUU